UUAGGAUCACAGAACAAUGAUGCCAAAAGACAGUUUCUUCUAGAGCGGUUACUGGAUGCAGUUAAGCAGUGUCAAAUCCGGUUUGGAGGAAGAAAAGAAAUUGCUUCAGAUUCUGAUAGCAGAGUGACUUGCCUGUGUGCUCAGUUUGAAGCUGUGUUUCAGCAUGGUUUGAAGAGGAGUCGUGGAUUAGCGUUAACAGCAGCAGCGAUCAAACAGGCAGCAGGCUUCUCCAGUAAAACUGAAACGGAGCCAGUGUUUUGGUACUACGUGAAAGAAGUUUUGAAUAAACAUGAACUACAGCGUUUUUACUCUUUAAAAACAAUUACUACAGAUAUUGGCAGAGGCCGUGCCUGGUUGCGCUGUGCAUUAAAUGAGCAUUCUCUGGAAAGAUACGUUCAUAUGCUGCUUGCAGAUAAAAAUCGACUUAGCGUCUUCUAUGAAGAUUGGUCUUUUAUGAUGGACGAAGAGCGUUCUAGUAUGAUCCCAACCAUGGCAGCUGGUCUAAACUCCAUUCUUUUUGCAAUCAACAUUGACAACAAAGAUUUAAAUGGGCAGAGCAAAUGCACUCCUACAGUUUCUGACCUUUUAAAGGAAUCCACACAAAAUGUAACCUCACUGCUGAAAGAAUCCACCCAAGGUGUUAGCAGCCUUCUGAGAGAGAUAACUGCAUCUUCUGCUGUUUCCAUUCUCAUCAGAUCUGAUCAGGACACUGACCCACUUCCAGUCCUAUCAAAGACUGCCAAUGCUGAUUUAAAAUGUAAAAAAGAGCGAAAGAAGAAGAAGAGGGUGACACACAUUAUCUCAUUUGAUGAAGAGGAGGAUGAGCAAAACUUUGGAGAAAUCCUAAAGACAUCAGUUACAGGAGAAAGCUCAGAGGAAAACUCUGAUAGAUCUUCACUUUUUGCACUACCUUCCUCUGAAGGCUCUCUUGGACAAAAUCUGAAUGGGAAUCAGAAUAGCCAUUUGUGGAAAAGCAGUUCUCCAUGCUUGAAUGGAGAGUAUGGUUACCAGAAGCUGGAUGUGAAGAGUAUUGAUGAUGAAGAUAUAGAUGAAAAUGAAGAUGAAAUUUAUGGAAAGGUAUUAGGAAAUAAAGACAUGGAAGAUUACAUAGAAAUUUCUGAAAAGCCACAGGAAGGGGGCACAUGCAAUUCACAAAUAGGCAGUUGGACUCCCCUGCAGGUCCUGAAUGAUGAUUCACAUAUUCUGUUCCCUGUCAGUGCUCUUGACUCUUAUUCCCAAACUGAUGCCUUGGAGAAUGGAGAUGGACAUGAUAGUGCUGUUCUUGCAGUAGAACUGGCUCAGAGGGGAUCUGAACUCCCUUUCAGAGUGGAAGUUAAUCCUGCUGUUCAAGUGAAUGCUUUAAGCAAUAUGUUGCCUUCAGUCACUGUUCCAGAAUCAAUGACAAUUAAUGAACUUCGGCAAGCUAUUGUGGCCAUGAUGAACAGAAAGGAUGAACUGGAAGAACAGAACAGAUCUCUGCGAAACCUGCUUGAUGGAGAGAUGGAGCAUUCAGCAGCACUCAGGCAAGAAAUAGACAACUUGAGAAAGAAAGUAGCAGAGCAGGAAGAGCGACAUGCAGCAAAGAUCCAGGCAUUGACAAGAGAGAAUGAGGUGCUAAAAGUACAACUAAAGAAGUAUGUAGGAGCUGUCCAGAUGCUGAAAAGAGAAGGUCAAAUGGUAGAAGUUCUGCCCAACCUUUGGAACAUUGAAGGUGAAUUUACCAUUCCUGAGCAAAAGCAAGUGGAAAACAAUGAAGAACUAGCUAGUUCUUAUGAAAGAAAAUUGAUUGAGGUGGCAGAAAUGCAUGGGGAGCUUAUAGAAUUCAAUGAGAGACUUCACCGUGCUCUGAUGGCUAAAGAAGCUCUUGUGUCCCAAAUGAGACAGGAACUCAUUGAUUUGAGAGGGCCGGUCCCUGGAGAUUUGAGUCAAACAUCUGAAGACCAGAGUUUGUCAGAUUUCGAAAUAUCUAAUCGCGCUCUUAUAAAUGUUUGGAUUCCCUCAGUCUUUCUCCGUGGAAAAGCUGCUAAUGCAUUCCAUGUUUAUCAGGUAUAUAUCAGGAUAAAAGAUGAUGAAUGGAAUGUGUAUCGAAGAUAUGCAGAAUUCAGAAGCUUACAUCACAAAUUACAGAAUAAAUACCAAGUGAGGACUUUUAACUUCCCACCAAAAAAGGCAAUUGGAAACAAGGAUGCAAAGUUUGUAGAGGAGCGGCGCAAACAACUACAGAAUUAUUUAAGAAAUGUUAUGAACAAAGUUAUUCAAACUGUGCCAGAAUUCACAGCCAGCCCCAAAAAAGAGACUCUUAUUCAACUGAUGCCCUUUUUUGUUGAUAUUCAACCUGGUGGAGAACCAGUAAAUAAAGGCAGUCGCUCAAGGGUGACUACCCGCUUUCCAAAGCUAUCACGGAGCCAUCAAAGAGAGCCACGGAAUCUGGAGCCUCAAAGUGGUGACCUCUGACUUCAUAACUGUGAACACCAGCACCAUGUACUUUAAACAGUCCUGUGAUUUCUUCCCAUCCUGCACUGUUGAUUAUAUAAGCUCCUUGGGAGAAUACAGGUGCUUCAAGUUAAUUCCUGAAAAGAGACGCUCAAUACCAAGGUUCAUCAUUCUGAUCAGAUAGGUCACUUUUGAAGGCAGCAGUCAUUUCCCAAAGGAAUAUGAGGGCUGCUCACUAGAGCCUCAGCAAAUUGAUAUACAUUUCCUUUGUUUUGUAAAACAGUACAUAUUUCCUUUGUUCUUAUCUUCUCCUCUGCUACUAUGAAUCCUUUGUUUGUUUUGUAGAAUCUCUCUCAUCUACCCUCAUAUCAUCUUUUUAUGUUCCUGAGAUCUGUUAGCAUCAUGUCAGGAAAAUGCUAAGGUUUUUUUUCUCUUUACAAGCACAACUAUACUUAUCACUAUUCAGUCUGCAUGAAACACUUCAAGCACGGUAGACUAAUGCUACUGCCCAGUAGUGUGACAGGCAAAAUCCAUGCUAAUGCGCAGUAUAAUUAAUCUACUGCACAUUAGCAUCACAAAAAAGUGUGCACUGGUACUAAUGUGCUGGAGCGCCCAUUACGGUGUAUUAAGUUAGUCCCUGUAAUUACAGGGACUAAGCUUAAUGUGCCAUAAUUACAGCACAUUAAUGAAUGUGUAGACAUUCCCAGUAUUUGCCAGAAAGUUGUUUCAAAAGCCUCCCUAGCCCAUUACUUUUUGGAAAUAAAACGACUAAAAGUCUUUGAUGCACAGAAGAGGGUUUCAGAAACUUGAGAAAGUAAAUGGCAGCGGAAGAAUAUUGUAGAAGACAAAAAAAAUCUUUUGUAUAUGUUUAAUUAGAUAUUCCCAGGUGCUCUCACUUGCGAAAAGUAAUUCUGCCAAAUCAGAGAUUCUCAUAAUUUUCUAAUGAAAUGUUGUUUUUGUUGAAAGGUAAGAGGCAACAUGAAACAACUUGAACAAAUCAGUUCAAGAGCUUUAAUGCAAAAGGAAACAUGGCAUUAACACAGUACAAAGUAGAGCUUUCUCGCAACGGGCUAUGUUCUGUUAUUGAUUUGUUUUUGAUGUAUUAUAGAACAAUCUCUCUACAUUAAAAUAAGCAGAUGUUCGGGCAUUCUUACCACUGCUUUGUAAGACCUGAAAUGAUGCUUACAAAGAAUUGCUUCAUAUGAAAGUGCCUGUCACCCGUUACCUCUAAGUGACCUGAAAUGGUUCUGUGAGAGCAAGUAAGAAAAUUGGGGGGUUAAUUGUUACAAGUGAUGGAAGUCCUGAUAUGGAUUAACUGGAAUCCAGUUCAGCAUCCAUUAGCUGCACUGCCGUAGGCAGUAAAUUACACUUUAGUUAUCUUCUUUUCUGUAUAAAAUCUUAACCAAUAUACAUUUAGAUUUUCUAAUGACUGUAUUUUGGCAUUCCUUUGGACCACAACAACUCUCAUCUCAUAAGUUGUUUGGAUAAUCUGUACUUACCAUAAAUCAGUAUAUUUUGUUUUUGCACUGUCCACAUUAGCAAUUAUUAAAAAAAACAUUUUUCCUUUCAGGAAUAUAAACCACUGAUUAUCAAUGCACUUUUCCCAAUAUAAAGCUUUAUUUAAAAAUCUAACCAACUGGGACCCCUAUUCUGUGUUUGUUACGUAAGUAGUCUGUUGACUUCAAUAGAACUACUCAGCUGAAUAAAGACUAAUGUAAUGAUUGCAGAACUGGAGAUUAAGUGUAAUCAGUGAGUUCUGUAACGGUAAUAUUGAAAUGUACCUUGUGUACAUUGCACUGAAUGAUAGGAAAUGGCAAAAAGUUGCAGACAGAUAUUUCAGAUCAUGAGGCCAAAAGAAGAAGAAUGUAAAAGAAAUGAAAUCUUGCUUCUCAAUCACUAGCAAUCUUGUCUGCUACUGCAAUAUCUUUUUCACAUCAGUAAAAGUAUUCCUUUAUAAAAAAAAAUCCCAAAGGACAGCUUAUCAGAAGGACCAGUAGUCUUGUCUUGUAUUAGGGGACAAGUUAAUGUUGAUGUCUGCACAUGGUAGGGUACGUGUUUGUUUUUAAAAAAAUGUAAGGUGGCUACAGACUCAAGGUUCUCCAGACUCCUUAAUUUGAUGCGUUGCUGAUAUUUAAAGUAUGUCUUUGAUAAAAAAAAGAUUUUAGCAAUGAAUGAAAGUUCCCCUUUGAAAACAUUUUUAGAGUCCAUUUCUUUCAAAGGUCAUAGGAGCCUUACAUGGUCAUGGGAGUGUGAGCUGUAAUUUAUGCACCUAAUUUUGUCUAGUGAUAUUGAAUUAUAGAUUAAGCUGAAAAUCUACAUUGCGUAGAUUCAUUUGUGGAGCAGUUGGAUUUGUAUAUUUGCCACAUGAAGACUUACUAAACUUCAAAAAAUAGCUCGCAGUGUACAGCCUUUCCCCCCCCCCCCCUUCUUUGGAAAGCUGCAAAUGGUAAGGAAAUUAAUUUAGCAGAGGCACACAUGCUAAACAUAGAAUAAUACGUACAAUCCAUAUUUUUAAAACUGUUUCUUUUUUUGUUAUUUGCAGGAAAUUUGCUCUCUCUAUAUAUAUUUGGCUCUUAAAUUAUCUCUCCUGCUUAUUUUCCCCCUCAUAAUUUUAAUAUAUGGAUAUAGAUAAUGCAAAAAAUAAUGGACUCAUUUACAGAAUAUAAAUUAUUCCCUGUUAACUAUAUAUGCUAAGAUUACAAUGUGCAUAGAACUUUAAUUUUGUGACGAGAUAUAUUGUAACGUGCUGCAGUUAUUAACCCACUUAUUCUCAUCUGAUUUCUUAAUAAAAUUUAAGAAAAUAGUUGGGUAGAUUUAUUUCACAAGUAACACAGUAUAAAAAGAAUGGACAGUAACUGAACCUGUGGUCUUAACAAAAAUGUUCAGAGACAGACUGCUCACAUUACUCACACGGGUAACACUGAGCUCAGUGAAAAUACUCAAAUGAGUAAAGUGAACCAGAGUAGAUUUGUUAAGUUCCAGCCAAGAUUUUCUGAUGUGUCUUGUACAUUUGGAUGCCUAAAUAUUUGUCAUGUUGAAAUACCUUAGACAUGGAAACAGACGUCACUUUUGUGCCAUCAUAAAAAUGUUUAGGUUGGCAUAAAGUGAAAGCAAGCACACAUCUAUGCCUUCUAGUGUACCACAGAUGCUCAUAUUUGUGGCCAUAACAGAAGGUGGUAAUAGAUUAGGACACUGUGUUCUGGCCUAUGUCUGUUUAUGAUGGAAGAACAUGGACAGCAUGAAGCUGCCUGUGGUCUCUGUCUGCCCUGAGGCAUGGGCUUCACCGGCUUAAGGGCCCCAGCCCUGCACACCCCAGGAAUUCCUACGCAGGAUUGGGCUCCUGAAUCCAUGAGCGUACCUGCCUUGUUUUUCCUGCUUACCCAGAUGUAUCCCCUCCAGGGGUAAGCAGGGAAAGUCGGGGCUUCAGGGCCCCUGCCUACAAGUGGGGAUUCCCUGCAUGUAGACAGUCCCUGUGCAGCGGGGAUACCUGCAGGGGAAUCCCUCUACAAAGGAUUUCCUUGCAGGUGCAAAGAAAGGCUGAAGUUCAGGAAGGCUGAAGUUAUUUAAAAGAAGGCUGAAACUUCCCCCUUCCCUCCCCCUCACCUUGCACUUGCAGCCCUAGCCCCACACUGCUCCCAGAAAUGUGCACCAGUUAGACAUCCAUGGAGUAGAUAUCCUGGAGUGUGAUUAGUUGUGCCAUAACAUAUUGUGGUAGAGCUGAUCACACUCCAUCUAGGACCUGUUUUCUAUCUAAUAGGCCUAAUUUUCAGUAACUGCUAUAAAUACUAAUUCUCUGAAUAUUAAUUCUUUUUAAAUGUUUUGGAAAAUCUUGCCCAACCACUUAAAAGUAUUCGGUGCUGAGAAAUACUGUAAAAAUAAAAAUGGUUCUGUUAAAUACUUCUGCAUUUUACCAUGUAACAUUGCAUCAUGUGCAGUUCUGAAUUUUAAGCACUGCUUUUUCUGAAAUAUAACCCAGAUUGUUUGUGGCUGUUAGCAAUUGCUUGUCGAUGACCAGUGAAGAAUGAGGUAGUAGAGUCAGUCCAGCUCUUGGUGGAGAGCCAUGCACAGCACUACUAACAAAAACCAUCUACACAGUCAUAUGUGAUGAUCUGUGCAGUUAGUGUAAAACUCAUGUGGCCUUGUCUUCUCCAGGGUUGUUCCAUCAGGACUGUGGUCUGCUUGUAGGACAGUGAAGAAGACUGGCUAUGACACUGCCUGGCUGUAACAUGUACCUGUUUUGCUCAUAGGGAACGGAAGUCCCCAGUCUUCAAUUUAUCUGGGGACUUCGAUCUGUAAACUUUCCUGAAUAGAGGGGUUUUGUAUUUUUUAAAAUUUAAUAAAUGCUGUUUUUCUAUUAAAUUCAAAAUAAAUAACUUCCUAAGAAGCAGCAAGUAGGUGACAGUCUCACUUCUUUUGCAAAUAGGAUUGUUUAUCAAUUUAAAUGUGAUAAACACUGACUAUAGUUUUAAAGAAUCUCAUUUUCUUAGAAACCCUGCCAUUCAUUAUAGAGCUGGUAAUGCAAUGGCUUUUUUAAUGGGAAACCUGAUUUGAUACAGGAUUUAAGUCAGUGUAUUUAUUUAUUUAUUUAGUGUAUGCGGUUUCCACUGAAACAAUAUGCCCAAACCACAUAUGCUAAAUAAAUAAAUAAAUGCACUGACUUAAAUCCUGUAUCAAAUCAAGUUUCCCAUUAAACAAAUUCCAAGGUUUAUGUGCAGCAGCGUAAUGACACAGCAGCAAAGGCUUAACUUGACAUGUCUGUUAAAUCACAUAUUGUUAGCAGGAUUAAUAAUUUCUAAGCUGGUCCUGUUUACAAAACAUAUUGUUUGAAGGUUAGUUGUAAGCAAAUUGUAUCAUUUUACAAAAUGUACCACAAGCCAUAAACUACUGUGAUUGGAUUAGUAUGUCAAAUAUUUGGAGAUAAGGUCUAGUGGCAGUAAAUGUUCUUAUAGCUCAAGAAUAAGAUGCAUACACUAAGGCAGAGUUUGUCAUUUUGAAAUAAACAUUUUCUUGUAUAAAAAUCUGAUUCCUAACAGUCACAGUAAUUAAUAAAAAUGUAAAUGUUAAUAGGAUUGACUGGCUCAGGACAGCUCGCUAGUAAUAAAUGUAUUUAAGAGUGAGCAUUGAAUAAAGUAAUGUUAAUGUCUGUCAGUUUUUAUUAACAAUCUAGAAAGAUGAUAUUUUCUUACAAAUACUUCCAGUCUGAAGAUCUAUAUAGUGUUAUUUUAGAUGCAGACAUGGAUCUAAAAAGUCCUAGUCCUUGCAGGUUGGUCCUGAAGUAUCACUGACUCAAUACUAUUUAGAUAAAGAAAAUAUUAAACUCUUAAUCUUUUGGGAUUCCAGCUUUGUAAUAGCUCAUUUGCAAGGUUCCUCUGUUGCUACUGGGGGCACUGUGUAAUAUAGGCGCCAGGCUCCAAAAACUUUUCAUAGGCCACGUCUACACAAGAUGUGUUAAUGUGCAUUAGCCUAAUUUAAUGCGCAUUACGGGCACAUGUUCACACAUACACACCCUUAAUGCACAUUAAAAUGGUGAAAUUAAGCUAAUUGCACCUGCAAAUGCAGGUAUCAAAUUUAGGCACAAUUAGUUAUAGUGUAUUAACGCACGUGUAGGUGUGAUCCGGCACUAACUUUAGUGCCAGGUCUUCCCAGCCACUAAAGACACAUGGUAGGGCUGCUGGGACUUGGUGCUAACUUUAGUGCCAGGGGGCACCUGUACACUGUGAGGGUGUUUUAAUCCUUAGGGUUACAUUCUAUGUCCCCUAAAUCAAAAUGGUGAGUUUUUAACUGAAUCCCACCAUUUCAAUUUAGGGGUUUUAUUUUUCAUCACUGUUACAGCAAUGGGCUGAUCCUUUUUUUUUUUUUUGGCGAGAAGCUUAAUCCUUUUUU